ACGAUGACGUGGCAGGAAUCAGUUACUCUCUCGCUUGUACCUUAAUUUCAUUUUUUUCACAUUUUUCCUUGCUUUUUUUAUAUUCGUUUUGGGGAAUUUCACAAGUUCCGACUUUCUGGUUUCAUCCCUCUUUCAGUGCCACUGCAACAUCGAAGCACAUGGCAAAUAAGCACACCAUUGUUUUGCUGCAAACUUCACAGAACAGAGCAACGAGAACAUUUAUGGAUUAUGAUUCCAUAAGUCAAGCUAUGGAUGGUAUAUGUGGACUAUAUGAAAGGAAACUUAAGGAGCUAAAUCCAGCAACACGGAACAUCGCAUAUGACAUUGCUGAUCUUUACAAUUUUAUUGAUGGCCUUGCAGAUAUGAGUGCCCUUGUCUAUGAUCACACUAUUCAAGCUUUUCUGCCUUAUGACAGGCAAUGGAUUAAACAGAAAGUAUUUCAACACCUUAAGAGGUUGGCACACUAAAUCCUUUUCAGUGAAAUUGAAUUUAAUAGAAAGAGAAUUUGUAUUAAGUGCAGAAGACCUCAUCUUAUAAUUGUGCUCUUGUUUCCCUCGCUUUGCACAUACAUUUGAGAACCAUUGCAACUUUCUCCAGAGUUUCAGAUGAAUAGCAAAGGUGUUGUGUGGUCAAGGUUUUUCUCUAAGAAAAAUUACUAUUUUUGUAUAGGAGGCUUGACCUUGUAUAAUCAUAUAAUGUUUGGUUGCUUGGUUGAUAUGUGAUGAUCCAUAAGUUAAUAUUCGCUGGUA